AUGGCACGUCGUAGAGAUUCAUCAGACCACGAAAUUUUAGAAAUUAUACAAAAUGCUGAAUCGGAAUGUGAAUCAUAUGAAGAUGAUAUCGACGAAAACUAUUUAUCCGCAGAUAGCUCUGAAGAAGAAAAUGAUAUCUCUAUGGAUUCUGCGAAUAUUUCCAACUUAUCAGAUGAAGAUGGUUCUCCAUUACCGAAGAGAAAAAUGCCACGAUUGGAAAGAAAAUGGAGAGAAGGUCAAUUUGUUCCUCAAGUUCAAGAAUUUACUAUUACUAAUUCGGGAAUUUCCAGUAAUUUACUGAAUAAUCCAUUGGAAACUCCAUUUGAUUUCUUUGAAUAUUUUUUUGACGCAUCACUUGUUGGAAGUAUUGUAACACAAACUAAUCUUUAUCAACAUCAAAAUAAUUCGAAUCCUACAGCAAAAACUGCAUUAUGGACUGAUACAGAUAUACCGGAAAUGUAUGUUUUUUUUGCUGCUACUAUUCUUAUGUCUUAUACGAAGAAAAAUCGUAUAAAAGAUUUUUGGUCGACUGAUAGUCUUAUUUCAACACCGAUUUUUGGUGAGUUAUUUACACGUAACAGAUAUCUAUCUAUUUUACGUUAUUUACAUUUCAAUGACAAUACAUGUUCUACUCUAGGUGAUAGACUCUUCAAGUUAAAACCUAUUUUACUUAAUUUGAAAGAAAAAUUUAGCAAAUCAAUGUAUCCUUAUAAAAAUCUUGUGAUUGAUGAAAGUUUAAUGUUGUGGCGAGGAAGGCUAAUGUUUAAGCAAUACAUACCAUCUAAGCGUCACCGAUUUGGUGUAAAGUUAUUUAUAUUAUGUGAUUGUAAAACUCGAUUUAUAUUAGAUUUUAUUAUAUACACCGGAAGUACAACUGAAAUUAAAAUAUUUCCUACAUUGGGAAUAUCAGGCUCCAUUGUUAUGUCACUUAUGGAAAAAUACUUUUAUGUUGGUCAUGUUCUUUAUAUGGACAAUUGGUAUUCUAGUUCUGUUUUAUAUGAAACACUCCAUGAUAUGAAAACUGGAGCUUGUGGAACAGUGCGUCCAAAUCGUGUUGGUUUACCAAAUAUGUCCAAGAAGUUGAAAGCGGGAGAAAAAUUCUCUCAAUUUACAGAUAAUCUUUUGUAUCUCAAAUGGUAUGAUCGAAGAGAAGUAAACAUGUUAACAACGAUUCAUAAUGAUGAUAUGAUCAUAACUGGAAAAAUUAAUCAAAGAACAAAUGAACCAAUCGUAAAGCCGUUAUGCAUUGUGGAGUACAAUUCAAACAUGGGUGCAAUAGAUAAAACAGAUAUGCAAAUCAGUUUUUCUGAAUGUACCAGAAAAACUAUCAAAUGGUAUAAAAAAUUAUUUCUGCACAUUUUGGACAUGGCUCUUCUCAAUGGUUAUAUUAUAUACAAACAAAAAACUGGCAAACGACUCACCUUCUUAGAUUAUCGUUUGGAAGUUACACGUGAAAUUGUGCAAAAGUUUGGCAGCUUGAAGAAAAAAGGAAGAGGAAGGCCAUCAUUAACAUCAGAACCUCUUCGUCUCACUGGCAGACACUUCCCAUCACGUAUAGAACCGAAUGGCAACAAUCAUAUUCGAAGACGAAAAUGUAUUGUUUGUAGUAGAACAAAUCUCGCACCAAAAAAGCGCACUGAUACUUUAUAUGAAUGUGUUGAUUGCGAUGUUGGUCUAUGUAUUGAUGAUUGUUUUAAGAAAUAUCAUACUUUAGAACGUUUUUAA